AUAAAUAGCUAUAAAAUGUGGGCAUACUUACUUGGAGUAUUUACAUGCAGUAAGGUAUUCGGGAGAAAAAAUAUGAGUGGUUUACGUAAGCUUGAGGGUGAAGUUGAGAUUAGAGCAACUGGUGCAGAUGUCCACCAUGACAUACUUAAGAAUAAACUUCAUCAUCUUUCUAAUGUUGCCUCUCAUUUUGUGCACGAUGUUGACUUGCACGAGGGUGACCAUGGUAAACUUGGCUCUACACAUAUUUGGAACUACACUUUAGCUGGGAAGCCUCAAAAGGCAAAGACUUUACUUAAAGAGGUUGAUGAGGAGAAGAAGUAUGUCAAAUACCAAGUGAUCGAAGGCGAUCUCUUGGAUGAUUAUAAAACUUUCUAUGGAGCAAGCCAAGUGAUCCCCAAGGAUGACGAAACCAACAUAGUUAAAUGGAGUUUAGAGUAUGAGAAGAAGCAUCCUGAUGUCCCUGAACCAUCUGCUCUGCUCGACUCCUGGCUUGAUGCUAUCAAACGCGUCGAUGAUCAUCACCAUGCCCAAAAGUAAACAUAUUAAGUUAAUUACAUGCGCCAUGUUUAUUAAAAAUUAAAAUGUUGUAAUAAGUAGCGUGAUUUCCAUGUUAUUUAUUUGUAGUAACGUUAAUUGUGAGAAAUAUUGCUACAAAAUAAGGCAUGCAUGUAUUCAAUCCUUUAUUAUCAAUGUAUUAAUAAUAUAGUGUUAUUUUAAAAAUA